UCCGUGAAGACUGCCUGAGUUAUCUUACAGAAACAAACGACCCCUUACGUCACUCCGUAUUCAGUGCCCACACGACACCUCUUUUUUGCCUUCUAAAAUAAGCACUCUUUAAUAAAUAUCAUUUCCAUAUAUAAAUAACACGUACCCCUUUUUCCCAUUCUGAUUGCUUCUUGGAUGAAUUUUGGGUUUUUUUCUCCCAAGUCUUUUCUGGAGUAUAAUUAAUAUAACAAGAUCAAAUUUUUGUUGAAGAAAGGAGGAAAAAAGAAAAAGAGGGAAAAUGAGUAGCAGGAAUCCGAAGGGAAGGACAACGAUUGAGGUUGGAGCUGAUGGGGUGGCGGUGAUCACUAUCAUUAAUCCUCCUGUCAAUUCUCUUUCUUUGGACGUGUUGGACAGUUUAAAAGAAACGUAUGAACAAGCUCUGAGAAGGGAUGACGUAAAGGCCAUUGUCAUUAUAGGUUCGAAGGGGAAGUUCUCUGGUGGUUUUGAUAUUAGUGCUUUUGGUGCAAUUCAGGAAGGGAGAGUGCCAGCGCCUAAACCUGGUUAUGUCGCAAUUGAAAUUCUAAGUGAUACGGUGGAAGCUGCCAGGAAACCAUCUGUCGCGGCUAUUGAUGGCCUUGCCUUAGGUGGAGGACUAGAGGUUGCAAUGGCUUGCCAUGCUCGUAUAUCUACUUCUGCUGCACAACUAGGCUUACCUGAGUUGCAGCUUGGUAUACUUCCUGGUUUUGGAGGAACUCAGCGCCUUCCUCGCCUUGUGGGUCUUGCUAAGUCCCUUGAGAUGAUGCUGACAUCAAAGCCUGUAAAAGGUGAAGAAGCUCUUAAUUUGGGCCUCGUUGAUGCAAUAGUCCCACCAGAUCAGCUACUAGCUACUGCUUGUCGCUGGGCACUUGAAAUUUUAGAACGCAAAAAACCCUGGGUUGCCAGCCUUUACAAGACUGAUAAAUUGGAGCCCCUUGCUGAGGCAAAGGAAAUUUUAAAAUUCGCUCGUGCCCAAACUCGCAGACAGGCUCCAAACCUCACUCAUCCACUGCUUUGCAUUGAUGUUGUGGAGGAAGGUAUUGUUAAGGGUCCUCGUGCUGGUCUGCUGAAGGAAGCUGAAGCAUUUCAAGUUCUUCUUCAUGGGGAGACUUGCAAGAGUUUGGUUCAUAUUUUCUUUGCUCAACGUGGAACAACGAAGGUUCCAGGAAUCACUGAUAGAGGGUUGACUCCCAGAAAGAUAAAAAAGGUCGCAAUUCUUGGUGGCGGAUUAAUGGGUUCUGGAAUAGCUACAGCACUCAUCCUCAGUAACUAUCCUGUGCUCCUAAAAGAAGUCAAUGAUAAAUUUCUACAGGCUGGGCUUGGAAGGGUGAGAGCCAAUCUGCAGAGCCGUGUCAAGAAAGGAAAGAUGUCUGAGGGAAAAUUUGAAAAGACUCUGUCUUUGCUCAAAGGUGUCCUUGAUUACAAGAGCUUCCGGGAUGUGGAUAUGGUCAUUGAGGCUGUGAUUGAGAACGUCUCCUUGAAACAACAAAUAUUUGCUGAUUUAGAGAAAUAUUGCCCUGCUCAUUGCAUACUUGCAAGUAACACCUCCACAAUUGACUUAGACCUAAUUGGAGAGAAGACCAACUCUCAUGAUAGGAUCAUUGGAGCUCACUUUUUCAGUCCUGCUCAUGUGAUGCCUCUUCUGGAAAUUGUUCGUACCCAAAGGACCUCUCCUCAAGUUAUUGUGGACUUAUUAGAUGUUGGAAAGAAAAUAAAGAAAACUCCAGUCGUGGUGGGAAAUUGCACAGGUUUUGCUGUUAAUAGGAUGUUUUUCCCUUACACUCAAGCAGCCCUCUUGCUUGUUGAACGUGGAACGGAUGUUUAUAAGAUUGAUAGGGCUAUUACCAAAUUCGGAAUGCCCAUGGGACCUUUCAGGUUGUGUGACUUGGUUGGUUUUGGUGUUGCCAUUGCAACUGGCUCUCAAUUCGUGCUGAAUUUCCCAGAGAGGACUUAUAAGUCAAUGCUGAUUCCUUUAAUGCAAGAGGAUAAGAGAGCUGGUGAAACUACUCGCAGGGGGUUCUAUGUCUAUGAUAACAAACGUAAAGCCAACCCCGAUGCAGAAUUGAGCAAAUAUGUUCAGAAAGCAAGAGAAAUGUCUGGUGUUACUGUAGACCCUAAGUUGGCAAAAUUAUCGGACAAGGAUAUUGUAGAGAUGAUAUUCUUCCCCGUGGUGAAUGAGGCAUGCCGUGUCCUUGCUGAAGGUAUUGCUGUCAAAGCUGCCGAUCUCGACAUUUCCGCCGUCAUGGGAAUGGGAUUCCCACCUUACAGGGGAGGGAUUUUGUUCUGGGCUGACACUCUUGGAUCCAAAUACAUUUACUCGAGAUUGGAUGAAUGGUCGAAGGCAUAUGGUGGAUUUUUCAAGCCCUGUGCAUACCUGGCGGAUAGAGCUGCAAAGGGUGCUCCUCUGGUAAGAAACCGUAUUUUAUAAUAUUUGUAGCAAUUCAUUCCUGUUCAUCCUGUUCAACUGUACCCUUUUUCCACACCAUCACAUCCCUCCGCAAACUUAGCCUUGCUUUCUGAUGAAACUAAAACGACGAUUAUGCAGAGUGCAACCGACAAUCAGGCUUUGUCUCGUCUAUAAGACCGACCAGCCACUUUUCAUCUGCCGCAAUGCAGAGAAUUUGGCAGCUGGAACAUCUCAUUGCAAUAUUCAUGCAUUUUGAGUCUUGAUUAUUGUAUGGUUUACUGGAGGAGAGAUUUGCGGAUGAAGUACUUAAUAAUGUUAAUUACAUAAAGAACGCUGGAAACUUUCUAAAUAAAGACACUUUUUGAAGCAAAUGUCAAUCAAUAUAUAUAUCCGUAGCUUUCUGAAUUUCUGUAUGUUUUGAAACUCUUUAUUUUUUUUUACACCAAUUAGUGUUCUCUCUGAUUCCUUCCAUCUCAAAGUAAAAAGAGAUCCUGGUUAUAUUUUAACUCAUUUCCCAUAAUUUUAAUGAUUUUCUACAGUCCUGACGAAGUUUUGGAUUCAGUACGAACUGAAGCCCAAGAUGGUCAUAUUUUUUUUUUGUACAAUUCCAAAAUUGAUUUUCCCUUCAAUACAAGCUUUUGGCUGUUCAAGUCAUCAGAUCACAAUUUGGUUCA